AUGGCAUUCUGGGUUGAUUGGCAGCUAUGGGAAAAGUUAAGCAUGGUUAUCGUGGUGACAUAUGCGUGUUGUGUCCUGGUAUACAAUCGAUGGAGGGUACGCAGAUAUGCUGCCAUUGAGGCACGGCAGAAAGAAGAAGAAGCUGGGCUAUACCCAAUGUUGAAGGGAGUCGACAUACCAUUCGGCGCUCGCGCUCUAGAGAGAGGUGUAGAGGUCCCAGGCAUUUGGAUCUCCAACCAGACUACUCCUACUCCCAGCCCUCGCGUCCCUGGAACACCCAUCAGAAGCCGAUCGCCAAGUCCGGCUCCAAAACCUUAUCCAGUUCGCCCAGGCAGCAUGUCAUCAUCGUUAAUGACAGAUAUCAUUGCAAGCAGCUCACAGAAUAUACCUCCAUAUGCUCAUCAUCUGCCCGCACCGGAGAUUGACAUGCUUGCGGCCAACAACUACCGUUACGAACAUUACAGACCUGGUGGGAUUUAUCCGCCGGCAACCCUGAACAGCAUGCCUAAAUCGCCCAGAAAUUUCCAUCGACGAAGUGAAAGCUUUCCCCACGGCGACAAGCGUGCGAGCUUCCCCACUCGACUCUUCCGUCCAACUCACACUCACACGUUGGAUGCCAAACGCAGUAGGUCCGGAACUAGCGAGCAGGAUUCGGGUCUGGGAUCACUUGGUUCUGAGCAUGAUUCCCGUCCCCCAACUGAACAGCAUAAGACUUCACGUAUACACAGUAAGCGGAGAGCGUGGAGUCCUUCGCAGACGAUCAUCGGAGGAAUUCAGACGCAGGAUGAGCCAGAUAUUCAACGAGAGAAUACAUAUGAACAUGCCCAACGACCAACUCCAAUUGAAUCCUGGAUUGCCAGAGGCGACUAUGAUGAGAGUCAACUGCCUGGCCCAGGUGCCCCAACCCCGCUUUCUGCACUGGAGGGAGUUGCAGGCUUGACCGGGAGAGAUAUUAAGUUGUUUGUGGAUGCUGGCUACCACACUGUCGAAGCAAUCGCCUACACACCAAAGCGAUUGCUGGAGCAGAUUAAGGGAAUCUCCGAACAGAAGGCCACAAAAGUCUUGGUGGAAGCCGCGAAAUUAGUGCCCAUGGGUUUCACUACGGCCACCGAAAUGCACGCCCGACGAAGCGAACUCAUAUCUAUUACAACGGGAUCGAAGCGCCUUGACACCCUUCUCGGUGGUGGUAUCGAGACUGGUUCAAUAACAGAGAUAUUCGGAGAAUUCAGAACGGGUAAAAGUCAGAUCUGUCACACGCUCGCAGUCACCUGUCAGUUACCCUUUGACAUGGGCGGUGGUGAAGGAAAGUGUCUAUACAUCGACACAGAGGGAACCUUCCGACCCGUCCGACUCCUUGCCGUGGCACAGAGAUUUGGACUUGUGGGAGAGGAAGUUCUGGAUAACGUGGCAUACGCCCGCGCGUACAACUCGGAUCAUCAAUUGCAACUUUUGAACCAAGCGUCGCAAAUGAUGUGUGAGACUCGAUUCUCGCUGCUUGUGGUUGACUCGGCAACUGCAUUGUAUCGAACGGAUUUCAAUGGCCGUGGAGAGUUAUCAACACGACAGACCCAUCUAGCAAAGUUCAUGCGUACACUUCAGCGCUUGGCUGAUGAGUUCGGUAUUGCAGUUGUUAUCACGAACCAGGUUGUGGCCCAGGUUGACGGUGGUCCAUCCUCAAUGUUCAAUCCUGAUCCUAAGAAGCCCAUCGGUGGUAAUAUCAUUGCCCACGCUAGUACUACCCGUCUUAGCUUGAAGAAGGGUCGUGGUGAAACUCGAAUUUGCAAGAUCUAUGACAGCCCCUGCUUGCCUGAGAGUGACUGUCUCUUUGCCAUCAACGAGGAUGGUAUUGGUGACCCCAAUGAGAAAGAUGUGGAGAAUGAUUAA